AUGGCGAAGCGCAUGAGCAUCAUCACGGACGACAAAUUGGCCAAGUACGGCAGCAACACUCAGGAGCAGUUCAAGAAUGUCCAACACCAGAUCGAUGAGAUCAAGAAGUGCUCGAAGGCCGAGCUUAAAGCACUCCACGAACAGACUGGCAACACAGCUACGCAGAAGCUCAUCGAGGAGAAGAACUACGAGGACCGCGUGCAGAACGUCUUCUGCAUGACCGACCCCACCAGCGUCGGAUGCAUCGAGUUCCGCACGUUAGCUAGCAAAAACGGCUUCCACAAGAUGAUGAGAGAGAAUCCAAUAAAAGUACAAGGAGCAUCCUCAGAAAAGAGUUUGCGACUCACCGACAACCUCACGAAGACGGAACGGCGGGACAUGAAACAGCUCGGCUUCACCAAGUACCACCUCAACCGCCUCUUGGGCAUCCCGCUCGAGAACAUACGCAUCAUGAGGGACACACUUUCGAUUCAGGUGUUGGGGAAGAUGGCGGCCAUCAUCGUGAACGGGGAGAUUGAGUACCACAACCAGGGUGUCGAAGUGAAGGUAUCUGUGAGCCAGUCUAUGCGCGAAUGGGACGCCAAAGGCCCAAAAAACGAGUGA